AUGAACAGCAGUGAUUGUUGUCAUUUCCACCCUGACAGAAUAUUAUGGAGAAGUACACGUGGUAAUGAGAGGCGAUAUCUCGAUCCUCUCGACUGUCAUCGCCCCUGGACGAUGACGACAGAAAUUCUGCACCAGCUGGACAAGCAGUCACAAUUUAGUAAUAGGAGACCGUGCCGCAUGAUUGGCUUCAGGCUCAGCAGUAAUUUACUGUGUGAUUCAGAACUCAGGACGGAAUAUCUGUCAUGUGGUAUGAUUCAAGGCCUCAUAGCAGAAAAUGCCUCUCAGCUAUUUCAGUGGGCCAUAGGUUAUGGCAAUGUCUUUGGACUGCCGACCAUUUGA